AUUCAAUUCAAAAAAAAUUAACAAUUGUUCCGUUUCAUAUUUCUUUUUCGUUUCGUUUCGCAUGAUGUUCUUUAAACAAUGAAUAUCUUAUAUUAAUCACUGUCUUUAAUUGCCAUGGGCGUUAUUGGAUUUUGUAUACACUAUGCCAUAGCACUGGUAAUAUUGAAUAGAGAAAUCACACCAACUGUCGGUAUGUUGUAUCCACGCGAAUCGGAAACACGUGAAGUACGCUCCUUAGAUGGCAUUUGGAAUUUUGUCAAGUCAGAUGUAACAAAUCCCACACAGGGUGUCAGAGACAAAUGGUAUGCGGACGAUUUAAGUCGUGUCCAACAGACGAUACCAAUGCCGGUACCCGCCAGUUAUAAUGACAUCACAACCGAGAGUGCGUUGCGUGAUCAUGUGGGAACAGUGUGGUAUGAUCGAAAAUUCUUUGCACCUAAAUCGUGGUCCAAUCAGCAAAGAGUUUGGCUACGAUUUGGUAGUGUUCAUUACGAAGCUUUUGUGUAUCUUAAUGGUGAAAUGGUGGUGAGACAUGAAAUGGGCCAUUUGCCUUUUGAGGCUGAAAUAACAAAUAAAUUAAAGUAUGGUGAAGAGAAUCGCAUAACCGUGAUGUGCGAUAAUGCCUUAAUACAAACCACUGUGCCUCAGGGAAAAAUAACAGAGAUUUCAAGAGAUGAUGGUGUUGCCAUAGUACAACAAUAUUCAUUUGACUUUUUCAAUUAUGCCGGUAUACACCGCUCUGUGCAUUUAUAUACCACUCCCUUAACAUUUGUCGAAGAGAUUGAAGUUACCACCGAUCUAACAAAAGACAAUACUGUUGGCUUUGUAUACUAUAAGGUCAAUACAAAUGGUAUCUCGUCUAAUGAAGCUGCCAGCGAUUUAUACGUUCGAGUUCAAUUACGCAACAAGGAGGGAGUUAUUGUAGCCAAUGAAACCUCCAAUUCUGACUUAAAAGGUGUCUUAGAGAUACAAAAGGUUAUGCCUUGGUGGCCAUAUUUAAUGCAUCCGGAACCGGGUUAUUUAUAUCAAAUGGAAGUAUUUCUGCAUGGCACCGAUAAUGUAUUGCUUGAUGUCUAUCGCCUGCGUGUCGGUGUAAGAACUUUGAGCUGGAACAAUACUUCAUUUUUGAUAAAUAAUCAUCCGGUUUAUUUCCGUGGAUUUGGUAGACACGAAGAUUCUGAUAUUCGUGGAAAGGGUUUGGAUUUAGCUUUAAUGACUCGUGACUUUAAUUUGUUGAAAUGGAUUGGCGCCAAUGCUUAUCGUACAUCUCAUUAUCCCUACUCGGAGGAGUCAAUGCAAUUUGCUGAUGAAAAUGGUAUCAUGAUUAUUGAUGAAUGUCCUAGUGUGGAUACAGAAAAUUUCAAACAAGAAUUAUUAGAUAAGCACAAAUCUGCCAUGGAACAGCUGAUACACAGAGAUCGUAAUCAUCCCAGUGUAGUGAUGUGGUCCAUAGCCAAUGAACCUCGCACAAAUCAACUAAAUGCUGGUUCAUAUUUUCAAUACGUUGCAAAUUAUACCCGAGAAUUGGAUCCCACCAGACCGGUAACAGCAGCCAUAGCUGUACCCUCUCAGGAUGAUAAAGCUGCCAAAUAUUUAGAUAUAAUUAGUUUUAAUCGCUACAAUGGUUGGUAUAGUAAUCCCGGCCGUUUGGAUAUGAUUACGAAACGUGUUAUUGAUGAGGCUACAACAUGGAAUAAACGCCACAAUAAACCUGUCAUUAUGUCGGAAUAUGGUUCAGACACUGUUGAGGGUUUGCAUUUAUUACCAUCCUAUGUUUGGUCUGAGGAGUAUCAAACUGAAUUAUUUUCACGCCAUUUUAAAGCUUUCGAUAUAUUACGAAAGAAAUCCUGGUUUAUCGGAGAAUUUGUAUGGAAUUUUGCCGAUUUCAAAACAGCUCAAACUGUUACCCGAGUGGGUGGCAACAAGAAAGGUGUCUUCACACGCAGUCGCCAGCCCAAAGCUGUUGCUCAUCUGUUGCGUAAACGAUAUUUUGCAUUGGGUCGCGAAAUGGACCAGUGCAAUUUCCCUGAGGACCUGUUCACCUACAUAACGGAUGUCGGAACUUCGCGUAUGGGCAAACACGAUGAAGCCGAUUUAUAAUAAACUUUACAAAGUCAUUAGCAUUUUAUGUUGCUCUCUCUUAAACUUUCCACUGCAUUUGUAUGCUUUUUUACAGUGUAAGAUGUCAUAUUUUUUUAUGACAGUAUUUUUAAUUUAUUUAUAAAUAUGUAAAUGUAUAAUGUUUUUUGUGUAUGUGUAUGUUUGUGUAUAAGUAUAGAAAAUAGUAAAAACUUAGCAAAUAAACUAUUUUUUAUAUUGAAUUGUACAAUUUUAAAUAA